AUGAAUUCUUUUGCAGCUGUCAUCCAGUGGGGCGUAUUGAUUGUUAUCAUAGCUAAGCUUGAACCGAGACAUCGUCUGAUGGAGCAGUUCCAUUACUCCGAGGAGCCCUCAGAGCCUACCGAAGCCCCAGCCGAUGUACCAGAGGGAUUUGAUAGCCACUUCCACCUGGAUAGAUUGCAGGGAGUGAUGCGUAUGCGUGGAGCCAGUUUAGCCGAAAUAAAUCAGGCGACUGGUGACCCCUACCAUCGAGUAAACCUUGUGGGAGCUGUGGCUAACUUCUGUGACCCAGCUACUUACCCCUCCGAAGAUAUGGUAAGGAAACUUUACCAAGGAGUGUCUGUAACUAUCGGUCUGCAUCAUAAGGAUGUCGGCGAGGUUACAGAUGACACAUUGAAGCGGAUGGAAUCCCUUCUACAGAUGCCAGAGGUUGUCGGUCUUGGAGAGGUUGGCAUUGACCACACAGUGUCACCAGAAUUCUGGGGGAGCCAACUUAGGAUCCUUAACAUUGCUUUGAGCUUUCUUCACGACAUGCAUGUUUUGAUCAUCCAUUGUAGAAGCAUGGUGCGUACAGGCGAUACCAGUGAAGCCUACAUGACUUUACUGUUUCAUCUUCAGCCCAGGGUUCGAAAGGAACAAAACAUCCAUCUUCAUUGUUUUACUGGCUCGGAGAGCAUGGUCAAAGAGUGGACGUCGGUCUUCCCGAACACCUACUUUGGUUUUACCAGAUUAGUUGACCGGUUCGAUGAAGCUCAGCUAAGGGGAUUAAGAGCUGUACAAGAUAGCAGAAUCCUUCUUGAGACAGAUGCUCCAUACUUCCAGUUCUCCGGGGGUAACAGUAAGCCGAAGUUUCGACAUGGAACAAGAUAUUCCGCUCCCAUAUUAAUUGGCAUGACUGCUGCUGUAGUUGCUGAGGGGCGACAAAAAGACCAGGUGGUAUUACUUCGCAGGACUGUGGCUAACGCCAGGGUUUUGUAUGGAG